UCGCAGUUCGACGGUUAGAGGUUAUGAAAAGUCGGGCAGAGUUGCUCUAAGACAGGCAGGAGAGUGGUGUUGAAUGGGACGGAACAAAAGAAAAUCCACGAUUGCGUGUUUAGCGUGUCUGUGAAAAGAUCUGUUUAAAUGGCUGUCUUUUGAUGUGUUGUACAGUGAAUGUUGUACGUGAGAAAUCUGCAAUGUUACGACUUGCGGAAAGUGUUGUCUGUGCAGUAACUGUUACUACAUGUAGUGAUCGGGUAAGCAGUGAGUGACUGCAUGGUCGUUGUGUUACGUGCUUUUGUUCUGUUUGCGGUACAUGCGCACAUGUCUGUGUAUUUGUUUUAUUUAUUGAUUUUUUGGCCCUCCCCUUACACCGCCAUUUCAUUGUUAUCUUUAUGUUUCUUCUUUAAUAUUUUCCUUACUUCUAGUCUUGCGUAUUGAAAGGUGUGACAACUGAACUGGGAACUGAUUGGGAAUAAUAGCGGCUAUAUUAUGAACAUCAAAAUCUUUCGUGAAAUAACGUCUGCAAAAAGAGUGAAGUAUUUUUGCCAGGAAGAUAAAGUAUUUUAUGGUAUUUGUGGCAAUUCCUGAUGCAUCGUUUUAUUUUAAUUUGUUUGAGCAGUAGUCUUAAGUGACAGUGGACUUUUAGUGUUAAAAUGUGUUGGCAUAAAGGCAGCAAAGAGUGCGACAAAGACAGUAAAUAACCACGAAUCGUCUGACUGAGCAGUAUCGGGUUAUGUGAUGAUGAACCGAUGGUUUGGUUCAAGGACUCUGAGAGCGACAGGACGAAGAGUGGCACAUUAUGCGUUCGAACCAGAGACUUGCUUGAUCCGAAGACCAUCAUUGUUUCUGUUCCCAAAACAGAAAACAGGAACGAUGACUGCUGCAUCCACAUUCUUCAACGUCUGCUUCCAUCUUAAUCCGGCGUAGCUAAUAAAAGUACCGGAAGUGUGUGAAAUGGCGGCUACAUCUGUGAGGUUACCCAGCAAGCACCAGACGCCACUGAAGACUCUGAAUCGCGGGAAUAACUUCCUGCGAGCUCACCGGACAGUGAACACAGCGAAACGGAAGAGUGCCGUGGAGCUGCUGCAGGAGUCGAAAGCGUUCUAUGUGAAAUCCGAGACAGUUUUGGAUCGAAAGCAGGAACUGAAAAACAGUGGACAUCUUCAAGUGACUUCCUCAGCUGUGGACACAGUGUUUUUACGAGGUCCGUUGCUAAAAAAGUCAUCUGGUCCAACGUGGGUCAACAAUGUUCAAAACCGAGAUCCCGGUAGCAGGCUUGAACAGGACAGUGGAAAAUAUCUGCAUCAACAUGUGUUGCUUCUGAGUCCUCCACCAACAUUACCACCACGCCCAAACCCAUUGCAGUUUGCUUAUCAGCAACCUACUCCACCCCCUCUUCCUCCUAAAUCCCCGCGCCUUGUGCCAGCUGCACAGAGGCGCUCAGGUUCAAAUCCUAGUGGAGACCAGCUUCAGACCAAACUUCGCCGUUUGCUCAAUGCUGACUCUAAAGAGAACUUGUAUCGACGACUGUGGGAUAGCGACGAUCAGGAUGUGAAGACAGUGGCAGGAGAUGAGCGGCCAUUUGCCGUACCACGCCCAUAUGGAUGUAGCGUUUCUCAGGUGCAGACUACGGUUUCAUGUGCAAGUCCAAGUAAUAUCUGCAGAGUUCACCAUAAGUCUCUGCCAGAUCUGCAUACCAGUCCUAACAGGACAAGUGGCUCCUCUUCUAGCAGCACUAAUGAUUCCAGCAGUAGCAACAGCAGCGAGCACUUUAGGCACUCUGUCGGAUCAGCGCCAGGAGCUGCCAUGAGCACCACAUCUCGAUGUAGUCAACCUAACCUGAGCUCCAGUCAGUUCCAAUCAUUUGCAACAAUAUCACAUAGGUUACCAUCAGGAGAGGGUGGAGAAGAUAGUCCAGAUACAGAUAGGAGCCCUGACACUGUGUUGGAUGCUGGCAAAGAUGAAUUCUCUGCUGCUCAGCACAACAGCACCAGCAGUUACAGUGAUAGCGGUGCAGAGGAACCAACUGCAUCACUCCAGUAUAGAGUGACUACCUGUGAUACAAGUCAGAAAAGUGAGAGACGCCGCCCUGUCUUGAGAUCAAAAUCAGAUAUUAGUCAUCGAUACUCCGCAGCUCCAAGGCCGCCACCUCCUCCCCAACCUCGAUCUGGUGCCCAACUGGAUAAGUUCUUUGAGCAGUUGGGCCUUGACACUGGCGACUUCAGGUCAUUAUCAGCACCUGCUUCUGGUUCAUCAUCGCCUGUGUUCUUUGAGAGUGUGAGUUCAGUGGAUUCUUGGACAAGUCCGUGGAGUGGUGUCGGGGGGACCGGACCUGGCAGUGGGGGAUCCAGUAACCUUCAGAGACCUAUAGAGCAACUCUCCAUUGUUGAACGAAAUGCACGCAUUAUCAAGUGGCUGUGCAAUUGUCGCAAGGCUCACCUUGCAACGAGGAAGUCCAGCUGACUUGUGCAUACUAAGCAGGGGUAAUUUGUUUCUAACUUUUUGCAGCAGAUAAACUAUUUGGAAAGCUCAGAAUAAAGAAACUCACUUUCUGGUGCACAAUCCAUUGAAUUAAAUUCUGGGCCUUUCAUGUACUGUUAUAUAUACACCCAAAAAUUAUCCGAUCUGGUUGGUACUUGGGGUUAAAGUGACCUAAUUGAUUGGCCUGUAGGAAACAAAAGAAAGUUCCUGCUUCUUUUCCUGCCAGUACUGUUUCUAGGCUUGCAUUUUCACCUGGAUUAAAAUUUUGGACUGACAUUUUGACAUAAUAACAAAAUAUCAUUGCUUGUAACAAGCAGAUUUGUUUCUGUCAUAUUCUAGUAACAGUAUUUUGGUAUUAAUGGGUGAAAUAUAUAUACAAUUUAAGCCGUAGUUUUAAUAUAAGUGGACAGUACAGUUUUAAUCUAUGAUGACCCGUAGAUUGUCUCAGACAUUCCUUUACGUGUGAUGGGUUCGACCCAGGUGUUAUAUGUUAAAAUUAUUCAACAACUACUUUGUCUUUUAAGUAGGAUACCUUGUAUCUUAAAGAAUUUAGUUUGGAAAGAAGUAUAGUCAUACCACAUGUCGGUAUAAUCUUACCUGUUGUUAUAUAAGCUUGUUUUUCCAGUACCUAGUCCAAUGGUAUUCAACCUGGGGUACGCAAAGACAUCUUAGGGGGUAGGUGAAAUUUAAAAAAAUACAUAUAUUAUUUUAUGAUAAGCACUGAAUAAUCAGUAAUGUCAUUUAUUUAAUUUAUUUUAGAUGUAGAUUAUACACCAACAACUUUGGGGGUACAAAGUUGAAGAGAAAUUACAUCUGGGGGUACGCAAACAAAGAAGGUUGAAUACCACUGCCCUAGUCCACAUAGCUGAGUACUGUCAUAUGUGUAUACAUGCUAUACAUGUUUUGGUGCAUUAUAUAGGAGAAUAGCUCAGUAUGACUGCAUAUUUAAAUUGAGAAAAGUGAGAAAAUAAUAUCAGUGCACGGUAAGUGCAACAAUAAUUACUUUGAGAUAUAAGAAUGUUGCUGCUUAAUGUAUUAGUAAUGUUUAUACUGCGCUAUUUCUGUGCCAGUGGAGUAGUGUAAUAUGUAGUAGUACUACAAGCAAAAUGGAAUUAAGUUGUAAUACCCGAUGGUAGAAAUUUAAUGUAAUUAGUUCGGAACUCUUAAUAUUCCUGUGGUAGCUGGAAGAUUGAAUUCUGUGUGAUCCUAUAGCAUACACUAUACUAUAAUAAUUCAGGUUUUCUAGGUGGGAUAUAAUCUCAAAGUAUACUGCCCCCCAAGUUCUCUUCUAAACACAGGUAUGUUAGAAUUAUUUUGUAAGAUUUGAGGUUUUCACAGCAGUGAGUAUGAAGAUUUCUGUCUUAUGGGUUGUUGCGCUGUGUAGUCUGGUUGAUGUUAACCAACGAUUCAUCGCCCUGAUGACGGAGGCAGUAUGACCUCUGAAACAUUGGUUAACAUCGACCAGACUACACAGUGCAACAACCCAGAAGACAGAAAUUUAGAAUUAUUUUACUUGGGUUCACAGAGGCACUAACAAGACUUUAACGACAGGGUUAAUGAUUUAGUGGUAUGCUAGUGUGUGACACUUGGCCAGCUCACUGUGCAUAAGAUGUGACACGUCAAGAUCGUGUUGGCUGGAAGAGUACAUGAGUGAGUAUUCUUGCCGAGAUUUAAGCACUGCUCCACUGGCCGUGGCCUAUUGUAUUUAAUACAUAUGAGUAUGUCUGGCAAGUUUUGGUUAGUCCAUAGCUACCUGAUGUUUCUAAUAAUGACCAAAUCAAUGUUAUUUGACUUUGCUGUGUUUUCAACACUGCCAUAAAUAUUGGCCUCAAUUUGGAGAGAUAAAUAAUAGAGGUAGUUAAUAUUUUACAUUAUUUCUCUUAGUAAUGUAAAGUGAUUUAUGUCUGUUACAUAAAUUGUUAAUGUGGUUGUGAUAAAUCCACUCAUAAAUAAAGCAUGAAAUGAAAAAAUUGCUGUUAAUAGGGAUGCUUCUUUUGUUAUAUUCCCAUGUUAAUUAUGGAGAUGUAUGGUUUGACCAGUAAUUAUAUGUAAAACUAAAAUGUAAUUUUGUGUACAAAUCUUUUGGUUUGUUUUGAAUAUGAUUGGACUUGCAAAGAUAUAAAAUGUAUACAGAAACUCUUUUUCAGAAGAGAAAUUUGUUAAUGGUGUAUAUUAAUUACAUGUGAGGUAGGUUCAGUUGAUCAGCCUGCUUUUAAUUUUAAGUACACUUGUACAAGUAUGUGAUAAUUUUUGUGGUGCAAUGUAGAGUAAGUGCUUUCUAGGAUCCACUCCCAUAUUAGGAGUUAGACACAAUAUUUUUGCAUUUCAGAGAUUUUAGGAUUGUUUCUUGAAAUAGGUAGGAGCAUUGUUAUGAGAUUACCAAAAUUCAGGAUUUCUUUCCUACAUUAGAAUAUAAAGGAUUAAGUAUUGCCUUAACUUUGCAUAUUAUAACAAUAUCCAAGGUGAAUUUUUUGCUAUCUGUAAUACUGUGCAGUUAAUUUUGGGCUGGGUAGUGCCACAAUGCAGGAUGAACAAAUUAUAACUGCUUCCCGGCAUGAUACAAGGUAAGAAAUUGCUAUCCAAGCAGUAGAAGUGAUCGGAGCUACAAUCACUUUAUUCAGUCUGUCUUUGGGCAACUGAGAGAAAUUACUGGAAAGUGAAGGAAGAUAAAUUGUCAGAAUGUUGAAUGAUUAUGUCGGAUGUAACUGCUUUCAGAUAUUGGUAUUACAUAACUGAAAUAUGUUUAUUAAAAAAUAAAUAUGUAGGUAUCAAAAUCAUCAAGUUGUAGUGAAACAAUACUUUGACUACUGUUUAAUAUUUUUGUUAUUCAUAUGUGUAAAUAUCUCUCUUCAGUGACCCAGAAAUAGUGAACUUGUAUUUGUUUUAAUGACUUCCCUAUGCUCAUUAUGAAAUUUGAGAAAAGACAUUGUUUCUCAUUAAUGUCUUUUUCUUCUUGGUGAAAUGAUUCUUGUAAAAUUAAUUUAUUACUUACUGGCUGUAUGAAAUCAAAUUUUAUAUAUUCACUAAAGAAUCAUAGGUAAAGACUAGCUACUUCCCUCAAAUGAAGAGAAGAGAUUCUUAAGUGCAGUUUCACCACAUUCUGCUGGGAAGAAGCCCUGGUUUAAAUGCUGUUACCAAGUGGAAGGAUAGAUGAAUAGACAUAAAUGAAAUUCAUUGACUUAUUACAUUCCAUACAGAGUACAGAGUUCAUUAACGUGAAAUAAGGUGAAAUUAAAAUUAUAUUCUUCUCCUUUAGAAUAUUGGCAGUUUAAUCCUGUAAGUUGUCUACACUUGUAUACACCUCAUCUUCGGUUUCGUGUAUCUGAUCAGAAUGAAUGUUUGUCUUAAUUUCCACAAUAUCUGUACAUAGGUAACAAGCAGGCCUUUUUCAUACUGAAACCUACUUCACAUUACAGUAAUUUUGUUGUUUUCUUGUGUAUGACGUUGGUUGAUUUUGUUGAUUCUUGAGACUGAGGAACACCAAAGGCUGUAUGUGUUUUCAUUGAGCAAAUAUUUGUAACAAUACUUUUAACUAUUAAAAAUUUCCUCACAUUUAUACAGUCCACGACUGUAAUAUAGAGACUUGCGGAGUGAGGUGGUGGGGUGAAGGAGGAAGGAGGAAAGAUAGUGUCUGCCUUUAACGCUCUGGACUUACUGCAUUCCUUGCAAGUCUCAAGAUUACAGUCGUGGACUGUAAGUAUUGAUAUUAUCAAGGAUUCCUCAAGAGUAUCUGAAAUCUGAUCUCAGUUUAAGGCCUGAAAGAAUUCUCACUGGCUAUGUUUAUUUCAUUGUAAUUACUGUAUAAUGCCAUAGUUUUUGCUGCUUGCUUUGUGAUUACCAUGCUGGUUACAUAAGAAUAUUCAUCACACUUUUUAAAAUAUUUGUACAUGCAUGCUAAUUUUGCAAAUGAAAUUAAUUAGUCAUAGGAUAAUUUGGUACAACUGAUGGAAUUUUAAAAUUAUGUGUUAAUAAUAAUAUUAAUAAUAUUUAUGAGAAUAAACUAGUUGUCAUAUUUUGAAAAUACAAUUUUAUGCUUAUAAAGUCUGUUAAAACACUAAUGACAGUAUGAAUUUAUAUUCUACCGUGUGCGUAAGUCUGUCAUGUGAAGGCCUAUAAGUCACAGGUAGAUUUAACAGGGGUUCAAACAGUUUUCUACCUUAUGAGGCCUGUGUCACAGAUUGUAUUAAAAGAAUCUCAGAAUUUAAAUUAACUUGGUAUAAAUAAUAAGUCACAGAACAUAACAGGCAACAUAAACACAUUUAUAUACAGGUGCCCCAAAAAGAUAUCUGCACAUACUAUGGAAUAUUAACCUUUAUGGGUCAUUCUGUAUAUUCUGUGCUCAUAAAUGUUUUAAGUAAGCAUGUCUCCACAAGAUCAGAUGUUAUAUGUUCCAGAAAUUAUAAGACAUCUCCUUUACAUGUGCUGGAGUAACUCUGAAGUUGAGAAUUGUUUUUAGGAUAUUGUUAUUCUGUGUUUGUAUAUUCUGUACAAUGACUGAUAUGUAAACGUACACAGCUUGUAUGUUCCCACAAAUAAAAAGCCUACAAAAUUAGAAACCCAGAACAAAUAAAUUAUGACAAGCUUUUAUGCCACUGUGAGAAUUUACAAAACACGCAUCAAAAUACUAAUAUUUCUUUUACGUGAUUGUACAAAAUUGGAGACAACACCAUGGAGGAGUAUAUUCUGUGUAGAGGUAUAAAGUUUCACAUACUGUAGAUCUUGGCACUAGACAAAGCUGAGUGGUCAGCUUCACACAUCAUCUGCAUUAUCUCAAGAGUAAGAUCCUUUGGCUCUCACUAGAUAAGAGACUGAGAAUGCCCAGACCUGAUUUGGUUGUGGUGGCAAAAAGUUCUGCCUCUACCAGGAAUGUGUAAUAACAACAUAAAAAAAAUAACACUCACAGAAAGAUGAACAAGUACGUCCAUAUAUUCACAUAAGUAUAUGGCAUUUUUGUAGUUACAUUUUUCUAUCUUCCAGAACAUUCAUCUUCAUUAUUGUCCAAAGCUGAACAAUGGCCGAGUCUUAAAUGUAUGGUAUGUAUCAUAGGAGAUUUCCUGCAAUAAAGGCACUAUCAUGGAAACAAUUCUCUACUUUUUUGCAGAGAAUUAAUUGUCUGCAGAUAAAUGUAAUUUUUUAUAUAAAAGAAUUAUGUAGCUAACAUAUUUUUAAUCCUAAAUCUGUAAUAGGAUGAUAAGGCUGCAACUCUUACAGGUUGAAAUAGAACAUGUGUGAAGAAACAGUUGUACUACAGUUGUUGAAUAUAUCGUCAAGUGUAUCUUUCAUCUUUCAGAGUGUGCCAGUUUAUUGUGAUCAAACCAAGAGGGGCCUAUUGAUAUUCCCAACAGGUGUUCUAGAGGAAAAUAAGGUAUGAGCAUAGAGUGGGCAUUUACAUAUUUUCUUAAAUACCACUUAGAGUAUGCAACAUCAUAAAUCAGAAUCAGAAUUUUGUACAUAAAUUUGUUUUACCACUGGAUUCUGUCAUAUAUUUUAAGCAUUUUUACACAUAUUGUACAUAUUUUUAAAUGUUUUUCACUAUGAAUCAUUUGUAAAAUUAUAAUUUAUAUUUAAUAUUUUAUGUGAAUGAUAGAAUCAAACAUGUUGGCUAUUAUAAGUACAAAGCAAUGAGUCCAUUGAAGUUCAAUGGGAAAUCUGAGAGACCUGAACUGAAGCAGUUAUGUUCUAUCCAUUGUUCUCUACAGCAUAAAAGGUACUUUUUGUGAACAUACUUUUAAGCAACUUUCUGCUAAUACCAGUUUUAAAAUUUUGACAUUUUUCUUGUGUUGAUGACAUAGUUGGGCACUAAUGAAAUGUGCUAUCUGACUCAUGGUUUAGAAGAUCAAAUUUCUUGUACGUUUUGAGCACCCUAUAGAAUAAAUUGGAAGUUGCUUAACAGGUUUAACAUGUUCAUCCUUCACAUUGUUAAUUUAGUAUGAUACAGCUUGUCAGACAAAGUUUAUGAUGCCCAUUAAUUUCUGAAAUUGCAGUUCAUUUACUGAGAGGUACUUGAGAGGUUAAAUGUUUCUUUCCGUUUACAAUUUGAUCUAGAAACAUGAAGCAUGACAGAAUUUGAGACAUAUUUUUAGGUACUCUGAACCAAACUUAAGAAAGUGUAGUAAGAACAAGUUCAGCAAAGUACUUUGUGAGAAGCUAAUAAUGUUGAUUUCACAAAUUGUAUAAUGGAAAUAACAAAAUUUUUCUUGUAAAAUUGAUCAAACCCACUGAAAUUAUUCCACAUUCUGACCUAAGUUGGUUUGGAAUUUAGAGGUUAGAAUGUUAUUUAUCAAACUGUGAUACUUGCACUCAGAGUUAUAUAUGAACCAAUUAGUCCACUUUCAUAUCUCAUGUUUUUCCCAUGGGUUUAUAUAAGUGAAAACUACAGAUACAGUGGUUUUCAUUUUACUUGAUUUAGACACUACUUGUCAUCUGCAGACGUUUGCAUUCUUCAGUUCUGUAAUUGAAGACCAGAGAGCAACAGUGGUCUACACAAAUUAUUGAAACAGAUAAAAUGGUGAUAAAGUUAAACAUUAUUACUCUGAUCCCAUUUUGUAAGAUUCUGAAAGUAACAGAUUUAAACCAACAACUCAUAUGUGGUUCAACCAUCCUUUAUAUAAAAUAGAGAGCAAUAACAAGAUUGUAUUUCUUGUAUUAUUUAAGAUGUUCUAGCUUUGUGGGUUAGGCCACUGUUGCUCCCAGGUCUCCAAUUAAUGAGGAUCUUCAAGACUCCACUUUACAACUAUUUUGGUGUGCAUGCUAAAGAAUAACUUGAAUGACAUUUAUUUACUAUUUCACAGAAAAAUUACUCUGGCCAUCAAAUGUUCUCUGAAUUAUGUUAAGACAACAAAAUAGUGAGAAAUAAAAGUGAAUCUGGUUGUGGUAAAGUGAAGCUGCCCAACUACAUGUCAUGAAGGUGCUUGGGGGAGUAGAGGAGGUAUAGCUCCUACUUGCUCUUGACCUCUUACACUAGAUGGGGGAAAUGGUCAGCAUCAUAAUUUGGCUGUGCUUUAUCCCCAGGUAAAGGACCCCAGUUACCCACUGAAUAGGAAGCUGGGUGAGCCUCAGAGCUGGUCUGGAUGCAGAGGCUAAAAGAACAAUCCUUUGCCCCUGCUGGGGAUCAAACCCUGGUCAUCCAGUCACUAUACUGACUGAGCUACCCUGUCUCUUGGUUGUGGUAAAAAUUAUUGGAAAAAAAAUACAGGAAGCUGAAAAUACCUUUUUUCUGUUACUAAUGAAACUGACUAAUUUGUGUGGUUCCUGCUUUGCAUUUCAGUAGUUUGUGUGUAGUUUGUUUCUAAAAUUUACUUCAUCUUACCUAAACUGCUUCCUGUUGAGUUUUCCUUACAGAUUAAUAUGUUUACUUCCAUAAAUGCAGAAUGUGUCUUAUGUUAUUGUCAUGCAUUCUAGUAAAAUCAAAAUGACACUGUUUGGUUUGUAAAGUAUCAUUGGCAGUUGUAAUUGUAAAUACUUAACAUUAUUUCAUUGCAUUUGCUGUAAUAUUUGUGUUUGAUAAUUGUAUAUAUUGGAAGUGUUCAUGUAUUUUGUCUUAAGUACUGUAUAUGAACCAAAAGUAUUUCAGCCAAGUCUCAUUAUACUUUGAGAAAAAUUAAUUAAUUACUUGAUGUUUUACCAGUGUGAUGCUUGACAGAUAUGGCUAAUCAAUUUUAAAAAUUAUUUACUUUCUUUGAGAGUAUGUUUGAGACUUGUUGCUCAUUUUGUUGGUAAAUUUGACAUUGGUUUCGUCAGUCUAUUAAAUUAUAGCAGUUUGAGCUUUCUCAAAAUAAUAAUUUCAUAAUUGAAAAGAAUAGGUCUUCCAUUUUAUGCAGUUUAAUCAUAUAGAUAACUAGAAUAUUAGAUGCACAUAUAGAUGGACUCUAGUCUGGAUUUUAAAAUAUGUGACAUGUUAAAAUAUUAAGAAGAUUUAGUGGUAUGGAUAAGAUUGUAGGUUUUUAUGUAAGAGCUCUACAGUGAAGAAUUAGCCUGCUGGUUACUUUUGUUGUAUAUAAUAAUUUACUAGGACUUAGCAUUCAAUAAACAAACACAUCCUCA